AUGUUGGACGACAGAACAACCACCACCCUCUUCCCGGAGAGGAAUAGUCCUCUCCGGCAUACCCUCCCGCCUUCCGCUCCCACUGCCUGCCAAGACGAGAACAGUUUCUUUUCUCCGGCGGAGAACUCUCCCGCCAACAACCCAUCUCCAAAGAGUGUCUACGCCUCUCCCUAUCUCAUGUCGAAUCAAACACCGCCACCGUAUAUCAAUUCAACGGUUUUAUCAUGUGUCCGCACGCUUGUUCAUGAAGAAGGUAACAUAUAUUCGCUGGCCGUUUCCGGUGACAUGUUAUACACGGGUUUGGAUUGCAAGAAGAUUAGUGUAUGGAAGGACAUGAAAGAGUUUUGCACAUUUAAAAUGGGCAGCGGGUUAGUGAAAGCGAUUGUCGUCUCCGGCGAGAAGAUAUUCACCGGCCACCAGGAUGGUAAAGUUCGUGUAUGGAAGAUCCCUCAGAAAAAUCACAAGCUGUGCAGGCGGAUUGGGACUUUACCCACCACCAAGGACUUGAUCAAGAGCUCGUUAAACCCAAAAAACUACGUCGAAAAACGACGAAACGGUAACGUUUCAAGAGUCAGGCAUUACGAAACGGUGUCGUGCAUGGGCUUGGAUGAAGAACACGGUCUUCUAUAUACUGGUUCGUGGGACAAAACCUUGAAAAUAUGGAGGAUUUCGGACUCGAAAUGCUUGGAGACGGUGAAUGGUCAUGAGGACGCUGUUAAUGGGGUGGUUGUGGGGUUCGGGGGCCUCGUGUUCACCGGCUCGGCCGAUGGGACAGUGAAGGUGUGGCGGAGGGAAUUGGGAGGGAAGUCAUGUAAGCAUGUGCUUGUGGAGGUGUUGAUAAAGCAAGAGAAUGCGAUAACAGCGGUGGCGUCGGACGCGGCGGGGGCGACGAUAUACUGCGGGUCGUCGGACGGGCUGGUGAGAUUGUGGGACCGUGAGAAGCGGUUGGCGUAUGGUGGGGUGCUGCGCGGCCACAAGAUGGCGGUGCUGUGCGUGGCUGUGGCGGCUGAUGGUGGUUUGGUGGUGAGUGGGUCAGCGGACAAGGGUAUAUGCGUGUGGAGGAGGGGGGAUUAUGGGGUCCACACAAGGUUGGCUUUGCUGACGGGGCAUUGUGGGCCCGUGAAGUGCUUGGCUGUUGAAAAUGAUCAGGAGUCAACGAAUGGUGAUCAACGGUGGGUGGUGUACAGUGGUAGUUUGGACAGGUCUGUGAAGAUUUGGAGGGUGUCUGAUCACGCCACUGAUUUAAAGCGAUUGAAGGAAGUUAGCGCGUGUGGUUGAUUUUUGGCUUUUUUGCAAGUUCAACUUUGUAAACGCUUUAAUUUUUUAUUUAUUUUUUUUUUUUCGUAUUAUUUUAAACAAAUGGCAAUGUGUGUGAAUGGAUGUAUGUAAAAAAAUUUGUUUGUCACUCAAUAGUAUCAUUUUGUUAAUUUACAAACUAUAAAUUAAGUAAUGUGUUUUUUAAUUUUUAACAUUCAAUGAUAAGUAAUAUUUCUCUCAAUUUACUAUUUUCUAUAACAUUAAAUUUGUGUUAGAGUGUUAUCAAACACUCAA